AUGGGAUCAUUUACUUGUUUGAUUGUAUUAUGCAGAACUCGAAAUUCUGUGAACGAGGAAAAGAGCAAGACGUUUGGUCGUAGAGCGGUGUCUUUUGUCUUGAUUACUGUAACAGGUGGUGUAGCCUUGAGUGCUCUUGAUGACCUUGCGAUCUACCAUGGUUGUACAAGCACAGCUAUGGAGAAAGCCAGUAAGCAUCAGGCAAUUAUAGAUGCUAUUGGGGAACCGAUUAAGAAGGGACCAUGGUACAAUGCUUCUCUUGCCGUUGCUCAGAAGGGGCGUUCUGUAUCUUGUACGUUUCCCGUGUCUUUCAACAGAGUAUUACAAUUGAAGGCAGUUCGUAAUGGAGAUGAUACUUGGUAUUCCUAUUUCCUUCCUCGAGACUGGGAAAUCCUAAUCAUGGAAGCCCUUCUACACGUUCCUGGGAACGAAGAGAAGCAGCGAGCAUUACGAAUUAGUCUCCUGGAAAACAUCCCUCAUCCAGCUCAGAGGGCAUGCACUGAAUGCAGGCCUCAGAAAUCUGAGAAUAAAGAGAAGAAAUGAGAACCCAUACUCAAGAAAGUGGCGAUUUUUUUUCUUUCCUUUGGAGUUCGAAUUCAACUCUUCUCAUGUCAAAACUCCAUAUCUGAUGUGUCCCUGCAGAUGAAUAAAUUUUGU